ACAACUUUGUGAGAACUCCACAGAAGUUACUCCGACCUUCUAUCCGGCCCCACGUUGCAUGUUUGAACUCCGAACACGUUAAAGAUGAUUUAAAAAAAAAAAAAAAGAAAGAAAGAAUGCAUUUUUUGCACAACUUGAAUUAGAAUUAGAGUCCGGGACAGAGAGCAUGUUUCCUCUUGGAGACUCGAAGGACGACUUUUCCACGGACGAGGAUGUGGAAAGGAGCGCCAGGCGGAGGAGGCAGCAGGUGCGGCGCCUGCCCUUCAGUGUGGACGCGCUCAUCUCUGCCAGGCCCGACUCCAGAGGUCACCCCGCUGCGCUCAGGCCGGGCGGGGGUCAGCCAUCAGAGAAGGACAGGGACAGCCUGGCUGCUCGAUCCAGCUCAGUCAAGGUGCCAACGCCAACAAGACCGUUCAGUCCCCAGCGUGCUCAGCCAGCGUGCCCCCUGAGAAAGCACAAAACCAACCGCAGGCCCCGCACCCCCUUCACCACGGUGCAGCUGCUCGCCCUGGAACAGAAGUUUAACCAGAAACAGUACUUGUCCAUCGCAGAAAGAGCCGAGUUCUCCUCCUCGCUCUCACUGUCUGAAACCCAGGUCAAGAUCUGGUUCCAAAACCGACGGGCCAAAGCCAAACGGCUUCAGGAGGCGGAGGUGGAGAAACUCAAGAUAGCAGCUGAGGUUAGCUCCAAGGCCGUGUUCUACACAGGCUUUGCAUCCUCAGCUUUCCCCCCCAGGGCUGACCUGCAGCCCGGCCCGGCGGGGCUCUACAGACUGGGCUGCUCCUACGGCCGCGGCCCGCUGCUCCCCGCCGCCUACCUGGCCAUGUACAGCUCACAGGUUGGCUACAACCUGUUUCACCUCUCCUGAGGAGGCAGAAUUAUACACAGUUUUAAAUCCUGCACCACAUGAUUACAACGAUCUGAUGUCGAGUUGAAGAUUCCUGCUGUGUUUUAUUUUUAUUUUUGGUCUUCUGCUAUGCUGAAGAACUUAUUUUAAUGUUGCAGGACUCAGUUGGAGAGGAUGAUGAUACAUCAACUCAGGACUUGCUUGUUGUUUGCAAAUACGCUGCCAUCUAUGACAAAAUGCAACAUCUGGAUGUCUUUACGUAUUUUUGGGGGGGAUUUCUUGACUGACUCAAGUGAUGAACGACAACUUGGACUGAUGAAUAGCCUACAAGUAGAGGAUUCCAUGGACAUCAAAACAUUCCCUUAUGACACAUUGUAUUUAUUUUGUAUACCCCCUUGCAUCACAUCUGCAUUGUCAACAGCUGAUGUUUUUGUGUUUACUAUUUAAAUUAAGCUUCUAGUUUACCUCCUUUAAUCUGUGUGUGUAUGGGAGCUAUAUAUAUAUAUAUAUAUAUAUAUAUGAAGCAGUGUAAGUUACUCUGACAACAGUACGGUAGUAGUACUCAAACUUUGAUUGGUGUUUCCACGGUGAAUGACUCCUUUAAUGGUCAUCUGCCUCUUUUUUACUCAUCUGUACUCAUGCAGCAGGAGGCUUUCUUGUCCACAUUCCCUUCAUUGUGCUAUUUUUGUCUUCACAAAUGCUCAGAGCAGGUCGUAGUUAGCCCAGUACAGGUGCCAUCCUCCCACAACUGGUUUUACCAAACGUAUUGUGAUGAAUAACCCUCCUCUAAUUAUCCCCAGCCCACCAUGAGCCGGACUUGCCGCUCCAGGUCUCUUUUAGUCUCCCAAGAAACCUAUAUAUAAACCUAUAUACCGAUAUUAACUUGACUAUAUACCAUUUUCAGCCCUCAUUGUUAUAAAUUAAAACGUGGUUUUCGAGCAGCACCAGAACUGAAUCAUGGAUUUUAUCUCUUGAUCAUAAAUUGCUUGGGUCCAUCCUGGCUGACAUUGACAGCUGUGCUCAAGGCUGCACAAAGUGCUCCCACUGGGGACUCGUUUGACAAAUGUCUCAAGUGUCAAACGAGUUCUAAAUACAGAGUUUGUUUCAUUUCAUUGACUUUAAAGAUUUUGUAUCAGAGCCAAUUUACAUACAGUGAUGACACAGAUGGUUUCAUCCCAUUGGAUAUCCAUAGUAGACUUUAUAUUGAACUGCUAAAAGAUUUUUUUAAGGGACUCUGUGAAGGAAAUGCGCUGUGUGCGAAAUAUUUAAUACAACCUCUCAGUAACUCAGGUGCCAAACAACUUUAGAGAUCUCCAUUGAGAUUGAGAAGAUGGUGUAAUAUUGUAUGAAUGUGGGCUGCUCUCAUGCGCAGCGGGAAGGGAGUUAGCACAUGUUACAGUAUGUGGCUGGAUGCACAAUUAGGUGGCCAAAGUGAAGAUGCAUUGCACUUUUAAAUGAAUAUUUAUACUCUCAAAUAUCCAUUAAAGAUUUGAAAUGACGUCCACCAAAAAAAAAAAUUGACGGUUUUCUGUAAACAACGACUCUGGCGCGGCUGUAAUUGUGAACAUGUGUGUUUUUAGCUCUUGGAUUUUAGAGUUGGAGAUUUUUGUUUGAUGUGAGCUUUAUUUUUGAAGUGCAUAGUUCAGAUGAAGGUAAUCUUGCCCUGUGAACUCUUUUACACGGCAGUGUACCGGGCUGUCCCUGGUACAAUUACCACUUUAAUUGUCCCAGAGUUCCAACUCCAAAACUCUGUGAAAUUAUGUGCACAGACUGGCUGAUAACAGAGCAGACUGAGCGGGUCUCUCUCCCUGUGUAAACUUGGGGAAAGCUUGUUACCAUUAACUCAUAUUUUACAGUCCAUUUGCACCCUACAAUUUUGACAUUUACUCAACAUUAAGCUGAUAGUAAGAUCGGUAACUGUUUUUACUGGCCUGUAACCAUGGUCUCAGUUUCAAAUGUUUUUACUGUUAAACAUCUGACAACGGGACCAAUAAUGGUAAUAAAAUCAACAGAAGAAAGAUAUGCAAAUCUGUGUCACUAUUAUAUUAUUUUUUUUUAAGAAAUGGGUUUUAAGAAAGGGUGUGGAUGUGUAGCUGAAGCAGUGGAAGAGCCAAACAGCUGACAGUUUACCGGAAACAUGGGCAACUUUCCAUGAGGUUUCUGAGCUCCUUCUGCUCCAUGAGAAUAUUCUUUCUUCUUUUUCCAUUGAUUAGCAUUUAAAAGUAUGUGUUCUCAGUCAGCUCAGAGUUGAUUCUUCUCUCUUAAUGCGUAGUUGCAACAACGAUGCUUAAAGGACGCAAAUAGUCCCAAUGUUUUUCAACCUUUUCUUCGUGCGAUACCUGCAAGCCUGUAGUUGGAGCUUUUACCCCCAGUAAUCCUUUUCUCCUCUUCAUCCUGGCUGUAAGGAUAUUCCAUUCAAUCUAAAGUACAAUGGAGGAGAUGGCGGUCAAGCUUUACAAUCCUCUUUGCAUUAGAAAAAUGCUUUCUGAAGUUAAAUGAUUGUAUGAGACUUCAGCAGUUUGAAUGAGAUUAUUUCCUCAAUGUGUUUGAAGAGAAACAGUCUUCCCUUUCUGAGCAGCAGCGCAGGCACAGAUAGCAAUAGAAAUCCAUUAAAAGAGGACAUUUCCAUUAUCACUCGGGACCAUGGCUGUUGAUUUUAUUCCUCAUUUCAUACACUCUAUUUCUCUUUUUUAAAAUAAGUUUAUGUUCUCAGAGCUGAUGUGGAUGAAUAGAAGUCCUCUCACAGCCAGCUAAGUCA